AUGGUUCUCGCCGCACAUCCCAACCCUAACGCACCAGUGCUCUCGCACUUCUCCCUUGAAGGCAGGACGGCCCUCGUUACUGGCGGUUCACGUGGCAUCGGACUGCAGGUCGUGACAGGCUUGCUCGAGGCCGGUGCCUCAGUCGCAUACACAUACUCAACAACAUCUACAGAAGAGGUUAAAGCCCUGACCAAAUCGCUCUCCGAAGCCAACCAGGGCCGCACAGUCAAGGCGUACCAGUGCAAUGUGGCAGACAAGGCAUCGAUAGUGUCCGUCGCGGAACAGGCCGCCAAGGACCUCGGCGGCCUCGACGUCGUGGUCGCCAACGCGGGGAUCGCCGAUCACAUUCCCGCGGUGGACUACCCGGAGGACAAGUGGCGCAAGUUGAUCGACGUCAACUUCAAUGGCGCCUUCUGGACAGCGCAGGCCGCCGCAAACAUUAUGAAGGGAAGCAAGAAGCGGGGCAGCAUCAUCUUCACCGCCAGCGUCAGUGGCAUCCUCGUCAACGUGCCACAGACCCAGGCUGCGUAUAAUGCCAGCAAGGCUGGAGUCAUCCAUCUCGCCAAGAGCUUAGCUGUAGAGUGGACUGACUUUGCGCGGGUCAAUUGCGUAUCACCAGGAUUCAUUGCGACGGAGAUGCUUGAUGUGCAUCCUAAGGAGUGGAAGGAAAAGUGGUUCAGCAUGAUCCCUGGUGCUAGGCUCUGCGAAGCUGCCGAGCUGAAAGGAUCCUACGUGUACCUUGCUAGCGAUGCGAGUAGCUACAUGACUGGUAAGCUUUGA